CAGCUUUGUAAUUGAAGUGACCGAACUGCUCGUACUCAGAAACCAUGACGAGCUACCACAAACCCGACGAGAAGACUCUGCAGGGCCUGAAAGACGUCGCCAAUAAGCUCAGGAUCAACUCCAUCAAGGCGACAUGCGCCUCCAACUCCGGGCACCCCACAUCAUGCUGCAGUGCAGCGGAGCUCAUGUCUGUGCUCUUCUUCAACACCAUGCGCUACAAAGCAGAUGACCCUCGCAACCAGUGCAACGACCGCUUUGUGCUCUCAAAGGGUCAUGCUGCACCUAUCCUGUAUGCUGCAUGGGCAGAGGCGGGUUUCGUGAAGGAGUCAGAGUUGCUCAACCUGCGCAAGGUUGACUGUGAACUGGAGGGGCACCCCACACCCAAACUGGCUUUUGUUGACGUGGCUACAGGAUCUCUGGGACAGGGUCUCGGGGCUGCCUGUGGGAUGGCAUACACUGGCAAACAUUUUGACAAAUCAGGAUACCGUGUGUACUGCAUGAUGGGUGAUGGAGAGUGUUCAGAGGGCUCUGUUUGGGAGGCCAUGGCCUUUGCCUCCUACUACAAGCUGGACAACUUGGUGGCUAUCAUGGAUGUCAACCGGCUCGGUCAAAGUGAGGCUGCACCCCUGAAGCACGACAUGGAGACCUACCGCAAGCGCUGCGAAGCAUUUGGGUGGAACACUUAUGUUGUGGACGGACACGAUGUGGAGGAGCUGUGCAAAGCUUUCUGGCAGGCCCAACAGGUGAAGGACAAACCCACUUGCAUUGUAGCCAAGACGUUCAAGGGCAAAGGACUCAAGAACAUUGAGGAUCUUGAUAAUUGGCAUGGCAAGCCCAUCCCCAAGGACCGGGUGGAUGACAUCCUGAAAGACCUGCAGGCUCUGAUCCAGGUCCCCAAUAAGACCCUUAGCCCCCAGCUGCCCAAAGACGACACUGCACCCGCAGACCUUAGCAUCAUCUCCCUGCCGUCACCCCCCGCAUACAAGAAGGGAGAAAAGAUGGCAACAAGGCGCGCGUACGGCGUUGCCCUGGCCAAGAUGGGCGAAGCGAGCAAGAGAGUGGUGGCCCUUGAUGGAGACACCAAAAACUCCACCUUCUCGGAGACCUUCAAGAAGGCUUUCCCUGACCGCUACAUUGAGUGCUUCAUUGCAGAACAGAACAUGGUGGGAGUGGCCAUUGGAUGUGCUACCAGAGACCGCACAGUUACAUUUGCCAGCACAUUUGCCGCCUUUUUCUCCCGAGCCUAUGACCAGAUCCGCAUGGGCGCAAUCUCCCAGACCAAUGUGAACCUGGUAGGGUCCCACUGCGGAGUCUCCAUCGGUGAGGAUGGUCCUUCCCAGAUGGCCCUAGAGGAUUUGGCCAUGUUCCGUGCAAUUCCAACAUGUACAGUGUUUUACCCCAGUGAUGCGGUCUCCACAGAGAGGGCUGUUGAGCUAUCAGCAAACACCAAGGGUAUCUGUUUUAUCCGUACCAGCAGACCAGACACUGCCGUCCUCUACGCUCCAGAUGAAAAGUUCGAAGUGGGCCUAGCAAAGGUUGUGCGGCAGUCGGACAAAGAUUGUGUGACUGUGAUUGGCGCUGGCAUUACUCUGCAUGAGGCCCUCUCUGCUGCUGAUGUGCUGGCCAGUGAAGGGAAGAACAUCCGCGUAAUUGAUCCAUUUACCAUCAAGCCUUUGGAUGCAGCUACCAUUCUGGCCAGUGCCAAAGCCACAGGGGGAAAGAUCAUCACUGUGGAGGACCACUACAAGGAGGGUGGUCUUGGUGAAGCAGUGCUGUCCGCCGUGGGCCAGGAGCCAGGCAUUGUGGUGACCCGGCUGGCAGUGACCGGUGUUCCCCGCAGCGGAAAGCCCCAGGAGAUGCUCGACAUCUUCGGCAUCAGUGCCAAGCACAUUGCCACAGCUGUGCGUCAGGCCGUUGCAAGCUAAGGAUUGCGCCGCUCGCUUGUGGCUCCGCCUAUCGGUUCCAACUCGAUGCCCACCGUGCAUUCAACCGGCCUGCUUUUGUGAAAACCGGUUAGCUUCUGUGCCCAAGGCUUGACCUGAGGGCAGGGUGCUAAACCUGUAUUGAGAGGGAUGGGAAUAGGAUUUCUUGUGUGUUUUUUUUUUUUUUUUUUUUAAUCAUGUGCUCAAAAUAGUGUCAUGAAAGUAGACAAAACAUCACUGAAUACUGUAAAUGUGUGACAAAUAAAAACAUAAGCCGCAGACAUGGUUCUGAUCAGGCCUCCUGUUUAGCAUUCCAAUCUUUUUUUUCUUUUUUUUCUAUCCAUUCUACCAAACCUCCCAGCUUGCCCCUUGUUUAUGUUUAAAUCAGUUAUGAGAAGUUUAACAUUCAUCCUCCUUGGUUCUGUCUAUAUGGGCAUCACACCCAGCUUUUGGUUUUCCAGAGCACUGACCCAUCCCUUUGUACCUUUUUGUGCUGAAUUAAAAAAAAUAA